AGUAAAGAUACCUAUAAACCCAAGUCCUUACCAGAAGUCCCACUUCUGACUCCCCCUUCGGCCCGCCCUGUUACUGCUAUUACUUUCACUUUCAUCAUACCAUCAUGAAGUUUGGAAGUGAAGUUCUGCUGCUGGCUAUUCUAUUAAGUGUUGUGUUAGCUGAUAAUUAUUACCACAAUACUACAGACGGACAUGAAAAUCAAAAAGCUUCCAAUUCCACUUUACACAAGGUCUGGAAGAGAGAAAAGCCCUGUCUGGGAGAUGAAUACUACACAGGCACUCACUGCUGUAAAUACUGCAAUGCAGGAAAAUAUGCAGAGUCGGACUGCACUGAGGAACAUGGGUAUCCAACAUGCCAGGAUUGCACAGAAGGGAGGGAUUACAUGGAUGAAAAGAAUAGCUUAACUAUGUGCCAUAAGUGCUUGCAAUGUGACCCUCAACUAGGUCAGAGAGAGGAACAACCUUGUACUGUGCUCCACAAUACUGUGUGCAAAUGCAGUGAACACUUCUUCUGUGCUGAAAAUGAAACGGCUAAAUCUGCCAGCUGCACAAAGUGCCAGCACUGCACCCCGUGUGACUAUGGUUAUGCUGAAAUAUGUACAGACACCAAAGAUGCAAUUUGCAAGUCUGAAAGAAACCACUAUGCGUUAAUAGCUGCAUUGGUUGUGGUUUUAAUACUAUUCUUUUGUUGUAUGUGCUAUGAGUGCUGGUGUAAGCAUAAUGAUCCACCUCCACAGACUCCUAUACUUACAGUUCCAGAGGAACUUGAAGUUGAAGAUAUUGACUUGACUGAGCUUCUCCCGGCCUUCUCGGACGCCAUGCAUUAUUCAACUAAUGUUAGGCUCGUACGCGAAAUGGGAUUACUGGAUCCAAGGAUUGAAGCCAUUCAAUUAGAAUACCAUCAGGUUAAUGAACAAAAAUAUCAGCUGCUGAAGGCAUGGUAUGAACAACAUGGGAUCAAUGGAGCAUUUCAGAAGCUUAUCCGAACACUUGAGAAGAUACAAAAAAGAUUGAUUGCCGAAAAGCUAAUUCAAAUCGCUAGAAGCCACAGGCAGCAAACUCAGGGUUAAUUGUGUAUGUCUGUUUAUUAUCCUCAGGGAGCAUUUUGUUAAUGAAACUCACUAAGGUUAGUGUCAAACCUCUUUACAUUUCUCAUGGUUCUGUUAGUCUAAAGGUCCCUCCAUCCACAUUAGAGAAUUUUUGGCCAAGUGGGAUUGGCCGACAAUUCUAAUUUGUAUGGAGGGGCUCUUGACUCUCUCCCAAAAGAUGAUGUCGGGGUAGAAAAGGUUAGUGUAACUUGAAAUUGAACACCCAAUCUUUUGUUGACUUGGGAGAUAAGUUCCUGCCAUAGGUGUAUAGAUAUGGGGCAGUCGGAAGAGAUAUGUAGCUGUCGGCUAUUAAAGGUGCACGGGUGAUGUGAUUUCUGCUUGUGAUAUCCCUACUGUAUUUGCCUUGGACAGAGGUGGCCUCCUAUGAACAGGGUAUGGCCUGGAGAAGAAAACACUUAGAUAUUAGAAAAUAGUAAAACGGAAAUGGUUCUCUAAACAUAACGGUCCGUGCGAUCUGCUGAUCGCUAUGGGGGGAAUUUAUCCUGAGGGUAAUGAAUUCAGUUUAGUUUGAGUCUGCGUUGGCCUACUUUGUGCCAAAUUUUUCAAAACCUAACACUUUCAUCUAAAAAUGGUACUCUAGUUUUUCCAUGUUACCCCCACUGGAGUGUGUUUGCAACUUUUUUCCGACUUCCGCAGUGAUAAAUCUGGAGUGAAACUCGGAAACUCGUUACCAUAACUAAAAACACUUGCUUUCACAACAUUUUUUUGAGCAAGUCACCCAACAACAGUUGUAAAUGCAUAAUUUGCUACUUUUUGAAGCUAGAAUUUUCGGAGUACAGGGAGUGAUAAAUUCCCCCUAUGUGUCCUGCCUUUGGACAAUCCAGCACUCUAGAAAAUGAUGAGUUUGUGCUAAUACACAGGAGCUAAUCUGGAUGAGCAGAGCUACAGUAGGGGGAGGCAUAAAGCAACAGCCCGAGCCGCUGAUAAGACAGGGAGUUGACUUCAGACUACCUCAGUCUCCUGCAGCCAAUGGGAGAAACACAGCAAGCCUCCAAUAAUUAAGAAAAUACAGUAUAUACCAGAUAUUUAUUAACCAUACUCAGAGACUUAAAUAAAAGUUUUAUCUUACAAUAUAAAAAACUGAUUUGUACACUUUGGAUUACAGCUCAUGGUAUAUGUCAUUUAAGGGAGUCUGUGGCCAUAAAAAAAAACGGCCUUUACCUACUAUUAUGUGUGAGCAGCUGAAGAAACCCAGAUUCCAACAAUGUAAUUACCGUAUUAUCUCCAAACUCACUUUCACACCUCCACAGUAAACCUACAAAUAGCCCUUGAACUCUGUGCUAAUGAAGCACCUAGGAGUAUUUAUCUGAGCUUAGGAGUCGGAUAGAUUACAGUGCAUAGCAAGCCCCUGCUGCAGGAGAAAUAUACCCCACUGAUGCCCAUAUGCCCUAACUGAGCUAAACCAUGUGACUGGGUCCACAGCAUCCUAUAUACAUAAAGUGCCAUGUGUGUCAUAUGAAAGUGCAUGUUUACAAUGCUAGCAUUAUAUGAUGUAUGAUGUAAAUAAACACAUCUUCAAAUGGUCAAA